ACUUGGUCACAAACRCAAUCCAUUGAAACUUAAAACAUUUCCAUAUUUUCUUGAAAUGUUGAGUCUAGUCUCCAACAGUCACAGCCCAAUGAGACACUGCCUUUAAAAAUCCACUGGAAGAGGCUCUACUUUAUAAACUACACCAUACAAUUCUAAUAAAAUUUUGUUGUUGUUGUUUUUUUGUUUUUUUUACAAAUCCAAUAUCCAUUAUGAUUCAGUCCUUGUAUAUCCUAUUAGGAUAGGAUUAGGUAAACAGAGAACAUACAGGGUUAAGUUUUCCUUGAACUGAAUGUGUAACUCAGGUUACAGCAAGACUCAAAUGUUGACUUUCUCAGUCCACAAAAAAGUCAACAAGAUGACAGGUGCUGUGUGUUAUUUUGUUUCUGGCCUCCUUUGUCCCAUGGUGCUUGGUGAUCCUUGACCCAGAUUCCACUGUGUUUAGAUGCGGAGGAGCAACACGAGCCCACURGUGACCCUCUAGGCAUUUAUCACCAAUCCCCAAGUUGUAUGUGUGAGAGCAGAAGUGCUUGCCAAGGCCUCUCAGGCUGUCACAGCUCAUGGACUUAUUUAUUUGUUACUUGGGUGAUUUUACAGYAACACAGUCAGUAAUGUGGGUUCCCUGAAGAACAUUAUGAUUAUCAAUGGGAAAAUAUAACUGACUCAUGAAAAUUAAUUUUAAUAAAUUAGCAUCAAGUAAAAGACAUCAAGAAAAGUAAUUAUUUUACAGUACAGACAAGUAGAGAUUUGAACACUGAAUGCAUGAAAUUGCUUUACAUUUGUCCACAAGACUUGACACUGUUGCUGUCCAAGAAUACACACUAGUAUGUGAUAUAUUACACUACGUAGCAGGUUGUUUGGCUACACAAGGAAUCGUGAGAACUUGUGUCUCUUGAAUCUUCCCAUACAACCAAUGAGUGUGAGAGAGAGAGGCAAGAGAGGAGGAAAUAGACAUCCCUGAUGGGAUAAGAAAAGUUUCUGCUUGCAGCAGUAACACCAACGUGCAACUGGACACGCAAGAUCGGCAACUCUGGUCAUGCUUCCUCAAAGGCUGGGCAAAAGUAAAAGAUCUCAGCUCCUGGAGGUGUGUAAAGCUUUUGCAGAUUAGAGCAACUAAAACAAACUAUGGCAGCAGAURAUCCAUGCUUUCAGGAAGACUGGAGGAUAAAGAUGAAGGAGAGCAGGAGGAAUAGGUGCAAGGAAAGGACAAGCCAAUUGACUAAGUCUGAUUGGGAAGAAGAGGAAGGUGAAGAUAUUAGCCACCAGGAAGAGGAUCUAAAAGGUGGAAAGGAUGGAAACGAAGAAGGAGGAAAUGAGAGUGAGGAACAGGAGGAAAUCACAGGAAGAACUGAUGAAGAUGAUCUUGAAAAAAGACUUCACAAGGAGGAAAACAGGGAUCACGUUGGAGCAAAUAAAAGAGAAGCCGGUGAUGAGAAUGACCUUAUAGAGGAUGAUGAGGUGAGUGACAGGGAAGAAAAAGCAGAGGAAAACAGGAAAGAAGAAAAAGAUUGGGGAGAUGUUGUGAAAAGAAAACUUGAGAACAAGGUGGAUAAAGAGAGGACUGGGGAAGGAAAGGUCUACAUUCGAGAGGUUGGUAAUGAAGAACAACAUAAACCAGAACAAAAAGAGAAAUUUCACCUCRGAGAAGACGUAGGUCGAAUUCAGGCAGAAAAUCUGCAGCAAAGCAAAGAAAGUUCAGUUGAAUCAAAUGUUGAGAAGCAAUACAUUCAAAAACAGCAUGAAGAUUCAGAUAAACAGGAAGAUCCAAUAUGGAGAAAUGACRGUGGUAGAUUUCAGUCCUGGUCUGUUGGGGACGGGACUGAAAAUGAUGGGUGCAACUUGUUAACAGGUGAUGAGACGACAGUUUCAAAAUCUUUGGAAACUCAAGAAGAGUUUCAUGGAAAUCUACAAGAGGAAGAGUCUUCAGAUGACGAGGAAGCUCAACGUUCAAUGGUUGAUGAUAAUGAUGAUGGUGACAAGGARGUGAAGAGUUUCUGUGAGGAUGAUUACCCUACAAGGAUGUUCCUCAGCUUGAGAGAAUUCAGGGAUUCCUCCCUCCUCACAGACCUUACUCUGAACACUGAGGAUGGGAGGAGUUUGUGUGUGCACUCCCUGGUCCUGGCUGCCAUCAGCUCACUAAUCCGGAAGAACCUGAGCGGAAGCAAAGAAAGAAGUCGUAGAGUCGACGAAAGAGGAGACAUAAAUGRAAGAGCAGGAGUUCAUGAGUGGUCCCUCUGUCUUGGUCCAGAGGUGAAUCAUGUCGGACUAGAGGGGAUUGUGGAGUUUGCCUACACAGGACUCAUAUCAUGUUUGAAUGAGCACAUGGGCCAGAUAAGAGCUGCCGCUGAAGCUCUGGGUGCCCAACGGGUUUUGGACUUUUGUGCCAAUAAAGAGGAGCCACCUACUAAAACUGGAGGAUGCAGUGAAGACAGACAAAUAAUGAUCAGUCUUCAGUGCAUCAAACAGCUGUGGAUGAACAGAGUGGGCUGUGAUGUGAUUCUGGAAGCUCCUGGUGGAUCUCUUCAUGCCCACAGAGUCAUCCUGGCUGUCAGUAGUGACUACUUCCGAGGGAUGUUCACCUUGGGCAUGAAGGAGUCCUUUCAGUCCUCUGUAACUUUUCCCUUCCUGUCGGCUUCAGAACUUGAAGUUCUAGUUGAUAGCUCCUACAGUGGGUCUCUUCCCCUCAGCUGGACAUGCAUCUUUGAGCUCACCGGUGCAGCUCUUCAGCUCCAGUACCAGCCUGCGCUGUCCUUGUGCCUUAACUUCCUUCAACAAGAAAUAACACCUCACACUUGUCUGGAUGUGGUAUCAUUUGCCAAAGCCUAUGAAAUAGCCCAUCUUCUCGAUGCAGCGGAAGAUUUUGUCUUGAGGCAGUUUCAAAAGGUGGCACUCACCUCUAAGUUUAAGGACCUGCCAACCAAACAGCUCCUCAAGUACCUGAACAGCAGCUCACUCUGUGUUCCCUCUGAGCUCAUGGUGUUCAACGCAGUGGUGUCGUGGAUUCGUGCAAAGCCCAGCAGAAGGUACAAACUUGCCAAGGAGCUCAUGAAAACUGUCCAUUUCCCCUUGAUGACUUUUAAAGAGUUCAAAGAGGUCCAGUCUGAAGACAUGUGGCGUGAUCACCGCUUGGCUGGGCUGUACAAAGCAGUUCUCGAAGAGUUCUGCUCCACUCAAACCACACUGCGGAACCAAUGUCGGAUCUACCUACCCAAAGAAAGCCUGGUCAUAAUUGGUGGGGACCAGAUCUCUGAAGACCUGAGUGGCCGCAGCAUCAGCAGAGAGCUUUGGUUUGGGAAUUCAUUGAGGAGUUUUACAGGAAUACAAAAGGCAAUGGAGUGGAGAAGUUUGGGAGAGAUGCCGGAGCCAGCGAGGUUUAGUCACGAGGUCGCUGUUCUGAAUGGACAACUCUACGUCUUCGGAGGCAAAAAGUAUUAUGGCAGCGGUGACACUUUAAACUCUGCUUACAGGUACAAUCCCCUACAAGACAACUGGGAGARCCUGAGUGAAAUGCAGGAAAAGCGAUGCUCUUUCUCUGUGGUUGUUCUAAAUGGAAAACUGUAUGCUGUGGGUGGACACUGUGAAGUUAACCAUAUGGACAGUGUUGAACUCUACUGUCCUUCUACAAACUCUUGGAGCUUCACCAGGCCUUUGGAGUUACCUUUAAGUGGACACGUAGCAAAAGUUUUAAAAGGGCAGAUUUUCAUCUCAGGGGGCCAGAAUAGUGACUUCCUGUGUCUGUCAUCCAUGUUUCUGUACCACCCAGAGAGGGGGAGCACCUUUCUGACAAACAUGAACAAUCCUCGAGCUCAUCAUUGCAUGGAGGCGCUGGGRGAUUGUCUGUAUGUAGCAGGAGGAAUCACCACGGAAGAUGGUGUGACUGUUGUCGACCAGCUAGCUUGUGAAGUGUACUGCCCAGCUGCUGACACCUGGACCGCCUUCACGUCUCUGCUGCUGCCACAUGUCGGAGCAGGAAGUGCAGUUUUGGAGGGGAAGUUUUAUUUGUUAGGAGGGUACAGUCAGGAGGACUGCAGUGACACUAACAUGGUUCAUCGCUACGAUACCACAACAGAAAAAUGGGAAAACAUUGGGGAGAUGCCUGGACCAAACAAUGACUUACAGGCAUGCGUGCUGUGUUUGCCUCAACAUCUGCGAAUGUAAGAAGCCUAGAUGGGACCAUAGCUGCAGUUGUUUAAUAAAGUUUGAGUUCUGAAUGAUUUA